GGACCAAGAAGGAGCAGAAAAGCAAGAUGAAUGAUGUGAAACUUGCUAUCUUGGGUGGUGAAGGAACAGGCAAAUCUGCCUUUACAGUAAGGUUUCUUACCAAGCGAUUUAUUGGAGAAUAUGCUACUAAUUUUGAAUCUAUCUAUAAAAAGCAUUUGUAUUGAAGGAAGCAAUUGAAUCUAGAAAUAUACGACUCUUGUUCUCAGCCACAGAAAGCAAAAUUUUCCCUCACAAGUGAGCUGCAUUGGGCAGAUGGGUUUAUUAUUGUGUAUGACAUCAGUGACAGGUCUUCAUUUGCUUUUGCAAAAGCACUAAUCUACAGAAUUCGGGAGCCACAGACUAGUCAUUGUAAAAGAGCUGUGGAAUCAGCUGUGCUUUUGGUGGGUAACAAGCAGGAUCUCUGUCAUGUGCGAGAGGUUGGCUGGGGAGAAAGGCAAAAACUGGCAUUGGAUAACCGGUGCCAAUUCUGUGAACUGUCUGCAGCAGAGCAAUCUCUGGAGGUGGAAAUGAUGUUUAUCAGAAUUAUCAAGGGCAUCCUGACAAACUUCAAACUCAAAGAAAAGAGAAGACCCAGUGGAUCUAAAUCCAUGACCAAACUGAUCAAUAAUGUAUUUGGAGAGAGAAGGAAAUCUGUUUAAUUGACAUGUGAUCCUAAGGGAUUUAUUAUAUCAGAGAGUUUCAAACGUUUGUAUGGUA